GGUACCGCCUGCCGCUUGUCCCACGUGUUGCUUCCGGUUACACACGGAAACACGAGUCCAAGUUGUGGCCGGUGACUGACGGUGGCCCAGGCUUUCCAAGAACUCCCCGGGGAGCCAGCCUGCAGCCACCAUGUCCAGCAGGAACAACAACAAGCUGCCCAGCAACCUGCCGCAGUUACAGAACCUCAUCAAGCGGGACCCGCCGGCCUACGUGGAGGAGUUUCUCCAGCAGCAUAAUCACUAUAAAUCCAAUCUGGAGAUUUUCAAGUUACAACCAAACAAACCCAGCAAAGAACUGGCAGAGCUGGUGAUGUUUAUGGCACAGAUCGGCCACUGCUACGCCGAGCAUCUAAGCAGCUUCCCCCAGGAGCUGAAAGAUCUUCUCUCUUACAAUCAUACUGUCUUAGAUCCAGAUCUUCGAAUGACAUUUUGCAAAGCUUUGAUCUUGCUGAGAAAUAAGAAUCUCAUUGACCCUUCAAGUUUACUAGAGCUCUUCUUUGAACUUCUACGUUGCCAUGAUAAGCUUCUGCGAAAGAUGCUAUACACACAUAUUGUGACUGAUAUCAAGAAUAUAAACGCCAAACACAAGAACAAUAAAGUGAAUAUAGUAUUGCAGAAUUUCAUGUAUACCAUGCUCAGAGACAGUAAUGCAACUGCAGCCAAGAUGUCUUUGGAUGUGAUGAUCGAACUCUACAGAAGGAACAUCUGGAAUGAUGCUAAAACUGUCAAUGUUAUUACCACUGCCUGUUUCUCCAAGGUUACCAAGAUACUAGUUGCAGCUUUGACAUUCUUCCUCGGGAAAGAUGAAGAAGAGAAACAGGACAGUGACUCAGAAUCUGAGGAUGAAGGGCCCACAGCAAGAGACCUCCUAGUGCAGUACGCCACGGGGAGGAAGGGCUCCAGAAACAAGAAGAAGUUGGAAAAGGCCAUGAAAGUGCUCAAGAAACAAAAGAAGAAGAAGAAACCAGAGGUGUUCAACUUUUCCGCUAUUCACUUGAUUCAUGAUCCCCAAGAUUUUGCAGAAAAACUUCUAAAGCAGCUAGAGAGCUCUAAGGAGAGGUUUGAAGUGAAAAUGAUGCUGAUGAACCUCAUCUCCAGAUUGGUGGGAAUUCAUGAGCUUUUUCUCUUCAACUUCUAUCCCUUUGUACAAAGGUUUCUGCAGCCCCACCAGAGAGAAGUCACGAAGAUCCUUCUGUUUGCCGCACAAGCCUCUCAUCACCUGGUGCCCCCAGAGAUCAUUCAGUCAUUGCUCAUGACAGUGGCCAACAAUUUUGUUACUGACAAGAACUCUGGAGAAGUCAUGACAGUAGGGAUCAAUGCUAUAAAAGAGAUAACAGCCCGAUGUCCUCUAGCCAUGACUGAAGAACUUCUUCAAGACCUAGCUCAGUAUAAGACACACAAAGAUAAGAAUGUAAUGAUGUCUGCCAGAACUUUGAUUCAGCUCUUCCGGACGCUGAAUCCUCAGAUGUUGCAGAAGAAAUUCCGGGGUAAACCAACUGAAGCCUCUAUGGAAGCAAGAAUACAAGAAUAUGGAGAAUUAGAUGCUAAAGACUACAUCCCAGGAGCAGAGGUGCUGGAAGUUGAGAGAGAAGAGACCACAGAAAAUGAUGAAGAUGGAUGGGAAAGUGCCAGUCUCAGUGAGGAGGAAGAUGAUGAUGGUGACUGGGUUGAUGUACACCAUUCUUCUGAUGAAGAACAGCAAGAAAUUGCAAAGAAGCUGGACAGCAUGCCCAUAGAGGAACGGAAAGCCAAAGCUGCAGCCAUCAGCACGAGUCGGGUUUUAAGUCAAGAUGACUUUCAGAAAAUCCGCAUGGCACAGAUGAGGAAAGAGCUGGAUGCUGCUCCUGGAAAAGCCCAGAAGAGGAAAUACAUCGAAAUCGACAGUGAUGAGGAGUCCAGGGGUGAAUUACUGUCUCUUCGGGACAUUGAACGCCUUCAUAAGAAGCCCAAGUCUGACAAGGAGACAAGGCUAGCAACUGCAAUGGCUGGAAGGACAGACCGAAAAGAAUUUGUGAGGAAGAAAACAAAAAUAAAUCCAUUUUCUAGUUCCACAAAUAAAGAAAAGAAAAAGCAGAAGAACUUUAUGAUGAUGCGAUAUAGUCACAAUGUCCGGUCAAAAACCAAGCGUUCCUUCCGGGAAAAGCAGCUAGCACUAAAAGAUGCACUUUUGAAAAAGAGGAAAAGAAUGAAGUAACCUACAAGCAAGUCAUCCAUUCCCUGCUCAAUGUUAAUUUGUAUCAUUGUGUUGGAAAUUAGUAAAUCUAUUACAUUAAAAAAGUGAAGAAGCUUGUAUUUUGGAAAACACAGUAAAAUCUGUAGCAGUUCGUUAUUUUCAGUUUGGAGAUGGGACUGUUAGUAACAUAUGAGAUGUGGUACUGUGAAAAAUCAUUUUCAUUUAACUCAGACAAAAAUAUUGAGUGCCUACUAAUUGUCACUGUGGAUAUGUCACUGGAUAAGCCAUAACCCCUUGGCUUGGGCAUUCACAGCCAGUAGGGGGCAUAUGUAUAUAUUUUGCUUACUGUGGGGUGUAAAUAGUUCCCUUGUAGCGGUAGGUCCAUAUUUCUAUGGGGUCACUGGGGCCUCCUGGCCAACUCUACAAGGAUGGGAGUUAUGCAUGCUCUUAAAAUGGGACAGUGUUACAAGAGUAAGAGGUUCUUACUUGUAAAUAGGCUUACCUGCUGAAAACAGGUUCCUGCUGUACAGAUACUGGGUAGAUAUUUUAGCUCUUUAUUUUUUUAAUUCUCUGUAAAGGCUGUUGGUUAAGACCCCAUGUUUAAAAUUGCCUUAAAUGUAAUUUUGAAAUGUCAGAGCAGGAUGUGGUGGCACACAUCCAGAUUCCCAGUGCUCACAAGGCUUAAGACAGGAGGCUCAUGAGUUGAGACCAGCCCGGGCUGCAUAUUGAGUUCUAGGCUAGCCUGGGAUGCAUAGUGAAAUCCUGUCUCAAAAAAAGCAAACAAAAUCAUCUUUAGUUUUGUCAUUUGACCUGCCUGCCCUCUGUUUUUGAUUUAGGGGUUACUUGGUUUGGUUUGGUUUUGCUGUACUGAAGAUGAAAUUGGAGGCCUUGUGCUUGUAGGCAGACUCUCUACCAGUGAACUUACAUGUCCAGCCCUGAGCUGCCUGCUCUUCAAAUUGGUUUUCUCAGUUCCCUUUCAUUCACACUUUUUCUACCCAUUGUUUCAACCCAUUGCCAAAAAUCCAGAAGUUUUAAUGUCAUAUAGAUGCUCAUAUGGGGUCAGGGGUGUGCUGUUUUAUAAGGCUGCUUGAGUCCAUUUCAGGAGACAAGUUGUUGGAUUUAGAAAUAGUGUGGUGCCAUUUGCCCCAGAUUUCGUAGAUAGUCUUAUAAUAAAGUUCUGUGUUCAAAGGGUAAUUUUCUGCCCACUCAAUUGGAAAGCAGCAUCUAGAAUUCAUUUUCUCCAUCCUUUGUAACUUCCUCUGUUGAGUUUGAGUUCAACUUUGGUUCUGUUUGAAUGACACCCUCUGACUUUGACCCACCGUAUCCCAGGUCAAGCUGUCAGGGUCAGCAACUUUAUAAGAAGUGCCAAUAAACUUGUGAAUUUCAGACCUGAAA